UGUUCACCACAAAACAAGACUUUGAGGUGGCAGAACGAAACUGGUUGAUGUUGAUAUGUAGCUGCAUGAUCUGCUGAUGAUUUACCCUGACAUGAAUUGUUGACAGCUUACAGUAAAAAGAUUUUGCCAAAAUAGUUAGUUCUUCCUUCAAAAUUAAGAGCUUCAUUUUAAAAAGAUGGUAGCCCCUGAAGAAAGUGUAGACUCUAACGACUCUGAUGUCAUAUGCGAAGAGGACCUGAUAGUUCUGGAUGAAAUAGGUGUUGGUCCUCCCCCUAAGAGGAAAAGAAAGAAGAAGAAAAAGAACAAAAAACCGACAGCAGAUGUGAACAGCGCACCAGAUUUCAUAGUCCUUGAUUCCACUGGAUUCUCACCUCAACAGUCUGACAAGGAAGAAAUAAUACUUGACUCAACCAACGAGGAUGCCCCAGGCUGUUCAACCCAUGACGAAAUAGACAAUAGUGUUGAAAUUAUCACUCCAGUUCGACGAAAAAAUUCAUUGUUAGCUCUUUUUGAAACUCCGCAAAAUGUUAAUUGCGAUGAUCUGUUUCAAAUUGACACUACUCCAUCAACGAAAGACUUUGUAGCUGUCCCAAAAUAUCGUAGCAAAUUUGAGGCGGAUGAAGUGAUAACAGGCGAGGAAAAGCCGGUAGAGGAGAAACCCAAAGGUCGCGGGGGUCCCAUGUGUUGGAAUUGUGGCACCAGUGGGCAUCAGAUCAGAGAUUGCAAGCAGCGAAGAAAUCCAGCAAUGAUAAAUCAGUUUCGAAUGGAAAUGCAAGCCAAAAAAGCAUUUCGCUUGUCGCAAACUAGGUAUCAUGAAGACGAAGGCACCAUGUAUGGAACGCCCAUCCCUGGAAUGCCAAGUCAGAAGCUACGAGAAGCAAUGGGACUUGAAGACAACCAGUUACCUGAGUAUAUUUAUAGGAUGAGGGUCCUCGGCUAUCCUCCAGGGUGGUUGGAGGAGGCCAAAGUGCGCCACUCUGGCAUUAAUUUGUUGGACUCUACUGGUCAACCUAUCUCAGACCCUAAUGAUGAAGAUGGUGAAAUAGUGGGUCAAGGUGAAAGGGAUCAGUUUGAUCUAAACAAGUUGGUUGAAUUUCCAGGCUUUAACGUUCCGCCACCAAAAGACAUUCUUGAUGAAAGUGAAUUAUACCAAGUUCCGCCCAUGCAGGAUGCGCAUAGUUUAGAGAAUCUUAUCGCUAGGUUGAAGCCAAAAGCCGUAACAGCAUACCGUAAAAGAAAAGAAGCCAUGCAGCAGCUGGAAAAGGAUGCAGCCAAUGGAGAUGAUAGUGAUGGCGAUUUCAUGGAAACUGAAGAAAUUCAAGAUGGAAAAGAGUUACCGCCAGAUUCCUGCAAGUUCGUGCCUUGUCCUCCUCCAGAGGAGCCCCCUGCUCCACCCCCUCCUCCGACUGACGAAAGCAAUAAAGAAGCAGAACCGGAUGAUGAGGAAGAAGGAGAAGUUGUAGAAGAACAAACGGAGGAAGUAGAAGAACAAAAGGAGGAAAAAGCAGAAUCUUCAUCUCGGAGUCAAUCACCAUCUUUGACGCAAUUAGAAAAGUACAAAAAUGAGCUCCUCAACCAGCUCAACACAACCAGUGCGACCGGUGCGCAUCGGACACCUGUGGCAUCUCUCGGAAAAGUCAAGUCAAUGGAGCAGGGCACCCCAGUUUUGAAAUUAUCCCCCUAUCAACAACUCCCUUCAUUCGACAAAUUCCAGAAGAAUGUUAGCGACGUUAUCAAUUUCGAAAACUUACCUGAAUCAACAGGUAAAUAUGAAAACCUAAGUCUUGUACUUAAUAGGGUUAAAAAAGUGAUGUCAAAUAUUAAUCCAUAGAAAUAAAUGUGUAGAUAUUAUGCAAACCAUA